AUGUUACAGGCUGCUGAGAAUACAGCAGUUGCCUCAACAAUGUUUGCUUAUCACCAUCAACAACAUCAUCAACAGACACAACAGCAUCAGCCACCACCACCACACCAUAAUCUAACGCAACAUACUCCUCAUAUGUGGUCACAACCUUUACCGCCACUUUCUCUUCCACCACCACCACUUAAUGUCAGCACACCCACUAAUACAACCAGUCUAAUGGAAAUGCAUUUUAAUAAUAGUAGCCAAGAUGAAGCGCCAGCAACAUUUCAUCCGCAACAACCGACACAACAACAUUUUCCCAAUAUUACAGCCAGAUCAAUAAUGCCAACACAAGUUCAACCGACUUAUAGCAGUCAACCGCAACAUCUUCACCAUCAUCAUGCUCAUUUACAGUUGCAACAGCAGCAUUUGCAUGCUGUACAACAUCAGCAUCAUCUAACGAAUCCUCAAACUCAGCCACAACAACAACAGCAGCAGUCACCAACCCAGUCACCCCAGCAACAACAACAACAACCACAACAUCAACAUGACUCAAGAGAUCAGGUUAAAUUUUAAUUUUUAAAAUAUUAAUUAUUAUUUCUUCGUUUAAUUUAAAAAAAAAAAAACAAAAUGAUUUUGUCUUUCUUGUCUUGUCUUUCUUUUUUUUUCAUCGUUUUUUUAUUAAGAAAAGUUUGAAUAUUUCAGACGAUAUAAUUAUUUUUUGCACAAAUUUUUGUUUGUUAGUUAUUAUUAUUUUAUUUUUUUUAUAAUAAAUUGAUAUUUUUGUUUAUCAACGUUUGAAUGAAAUAAUAAAAGAAGAUGAAGAACAACAAAACAAAAACAUAGACAACGUUAUAUACAAAAGAGAAUUAUUGGAUUGAAUACGUUUCUUAAGAGAUAUUGUUGCUAAACAAUUGAAAAUGUUUAUAAACUUGAUACAGUAACAAUAUUGUAUUUUCAUAUGUUGAUAAGCCGGGCAAUAAAAUACUGUUUGUUUACUUUAUGUUAUGAUUCUUCUUCUAUUUUGUCUACUUACAAAUUUUAGCAUUCACAUGAGAAUGAUAGUUUGACAUUGAAUACAACUUUAAAAAUAAACAAAACAAACGUAAAUUUGUAGGUGUGAACUUUUUAAUAAAAAUUACCAACAAACUUGUUUUAAAUAUAUAAAAUUAUACAAAAUUACACCAAAUACAAGAGAAUUGUGAAUUGCUAUAUUAUAUUUUUUUUAUUAGUUUGUGGGAAAAUUUGUGUUUUUCUUUAUAAAUAGAAGGAAAUUUUAAGAAAGAAAUCAUGUUAAAAUAUUUGACAUUUGUUGUUUACCUUUUGUGUUUGGAAUUAUGUUAAAAAUUUCAUAAAAAGAAAAAUUAGUUUUUUAAUUAUUUAAAAGGUUUAUUGAUAUUUGUUAAAUUUGUUUUAUAAAAAGUUGAAGAUUUCUUCUAUUUAUUAUCACUGUUUAAGUAAUAUCUCUGUAAAAAGCUAAACAAAUUGCUUUUGUAAAUGUUUACAGACUUUACAUUUGGCAGCAUUAUAGCUUUAUAAUCAUGUUUAUAAACAAGUAAUAUUCGCUUAUUAUAAGAAAACAAUUAAAUUUAAUUGUUUAUGUUUAUAUGUUACUUUCUUGAGCAACAUUUUGUUUAUAAACAUUUAAAAAACCUAGAACUUUAAGCAUGAAUAGUUCAUCAAUUUCGUGACAUAAUGGCAGUAGUAACAUGACAAAGUCAGCCGUCAUAAAAGCAGCUAGAACAUCACCAAAUACAGCCGAACUCUAGAAACGUAAUAUUUUAAAUUUGAACAUCAAUUCUUCAUUGACCAGCAGUAAUAUUAGUAGUUCUAGCAAAUGUUUAAAGAAAUAUUUUGUAGAAUUUCUAAACAAAUGUUUUUACGGCUUCUCAUUGCUUAUAAAACAGAAGUUUAUAGGAAAACUUACAAAAUUCAAAAAAAAAACAUAAACUUUUUGUAAUUUUAACAGAAGUUUACCAAUUGUAUCUUUAGCAACAUUAUUGCUGCACAUUGUGUUUAUAAACAUGACAUGUAAAGCAACAAACAACAUUUAGUUUUAAUUUAAACAAAAGUUUAUAAACAUUUUCUUUAGUAACAUUGCCUUGCUUCAAAAGUUACUUUAAAAUCGGUGUUUCUUCUAGAAGAUUUAAAAAAAGAACCAAACUUUUGGUAAUUUUAACAGAAGUUUACCAAUCUUAACUUUAGCAACAUUUUUGCUGCAAAUUGUGUUUAUAAACAUGACAUGUUUAGUUUUUAUUUAAACAAAAGUUUAUAAACAUUUUAUUUAGCAACAUUGCCUUGUUUCAAAAGUUACUUUAAAAUCGGGUGUUCUUCUAGAAGAUCAAACUUCUAAAGUAAAUUUAACUAUAGUCGCUGAACACAUAUUGUACAAGAUAGUAUUUGGCUAAUAUUAUGUUUAUAAACAUUUUGUCAUUUCUAUUUAUCAUUUGAAACAUUUGUUAUUAUAACAAAAAGUUGUUAAACUUUUCUUUAGACAAAAAUUUUACUUUGUUAAACAUUUUCUAAAAGAAUCAUAAGCUUUAUUGUGUUCAUAAACAUGACAUUUUAAGCUCGGGUUCUCUUUAAAUGAAAGAAACAGCAUUUAGUUAUAAUUUAAACAAAAGUUUAUAAACAUUUUCUUUAGCAACCUUAUCUUGUAUCAAAAUUAAAUGUUUAUAAACAUGUUACUUUAAAAGUGAUUGCUUGUUUUUGAAAAAGAACAGAUUUUAAGCGUAAAUUAAGCAAAUUUCUGCAGACAUUUUAUUCUGUAUCUUGCUCUAGAUUAAUAAUAUGUUUAUAAACAUUAAGAUGUUUGUUCUGUUAUAAACAUUAUAGAUGUUGCUUCUGCUUCCAGAAGACAAUGACAAACUUCAGUUGGAUAUCAAAGAAAACUUUAUAAAUAAUUUCUUUAGUUACAUUACUCUUUGCUAAACAAGAGUUUAUAAACAUUUGCCUUUGCCUGCAUAAUGUUUAUAAACAUGUCAGGUUGCUUUUUAAAAUGAAAAUUUCAGUUGAAUAGUUUCUUAAGCAAAACUUUUUGCUUUAAAGUCUUUGAGCAGAAAAAAACUUCUCCUUAAAAUCAUGAGAUUACAUUUUUCAAACAAUGUUUAGAGGCAAAUGUUAUGAACAAUGUUUCAAACAAUGUUUAGAGGCAAAUGUUUAUAUUCUUUUGAUGUUUAUGAAGAAAAACAUUUUCUAUUUCUAAAUUUUUAACAAAAAUAUGUUUUUAAAAGUUUAAAUUCAACAUAAACAAUCCUUUGUUGUUAAUACAAAGAAAAACUAGUUUAUAAACAUUUUCUUU